AUGCACGCCACAGUGGUCGUCACCCGCUCCAGGGGACAUCCACGCCCGGCCCCAACCCCACAGGCUCCGCCCGAACUUGAGCAGGUCGACCCGUCCCUCCGCCCUCCACUCCGACGCCAGCGCCACCGGGAAGACACCACCGCACGCCCCAACGCAGAGGAAGCCGACCGACCGCUGCUUGCCAGGAGCACCUUCCUGGCAGAGCCUCACAGCGCUGCAGCCUGUACAGCCGAGAUCUCGCGCCGCCGCCUCCAGGUCGCGCCGACGCGCCACCCAGCUCCGCCGCCGGCAGCCUCCCCUCCAGAGCCCGCCUCUCCUCCACGAGCCACGGCUCACGACGCAGCCUCGCGCCGCCGGUCACCCGCCAGCAGCACCUCCCAGGGGACGGCCCGCCUCCGCGCGAAGGGAGCCCGUCAGGGACUCAGGGAGUGCCUCCAGCACCCACCGCCGGCGCCGCGGCCGGAGAGGAAAUCGCAGCUCCCUCCCCGAAACAAUAGAGGAAAAAAGAAAGAUCCCCUUGCUGUAGGGCCGGGUUCGAAAUCGAAAAGAGGGUUGUCGCCCGCCUCCUACCUGCCGCUGCCGGUGCCAAUGCCAGGCCCGCUCCGGUUCCUGCCACGGCCGCUGCAAGCGGCGGGCAACUCGGCCGCGCCCGCGCAUGGAGCCUGCAAGGAUGGGCGGCCUUUCCCGGCAAAGAACUCGUUCGUCGACAAGACUGUGAAGGAGGAGCACGCGGCGGAGAAAGACGCCUCCCGGGAUGCAGCGGGACGGCUUUCCCCGGCGAGAGCUUCCUCUCUCGGCAAACUGUCCGCGCAAGAAGACUCGGAGAAUGCAGUCGGAGGGCCUUUUCCGGCGAGGAGCUCGUAUCUCGACACAACUGUGAAGCAGGAGCAUGCAGCAGCGGUGAAAGAAGCUUCCGUUGACAUCAUCAAGAACGUACCUGCCAAGGUUGGACGUGACGCCUCGGCGGACGCCCUGGGAUCGCCUUCUCCGCCGGAGGGCCCGGGCCUCGCUCUCCCAGGCGCCUUCGGCGUCCUCGCCACCACCAGCAGCGGCGGCGGCGGCAAUGUCGGCGCGCCUCCGGCUCCCACGAGCGGCUCUUCCCCAAUGAACGCUCCUGCGGGUGAUGCCAAAGUGCUCCCACUUUAUCACCGAGUGCCCCCCAAAUUGAAGAAGUAUUUCCUAUCCGAAGAAGAAAAAGACAGUGCUGUGCCAUUCAUGCAGCACUGCAAAUCAAUUCAGCUUGUAGAUAAGACCAUAGCCCCUGGAUCAACUCUCGAGUUGGAGUCUGCAACCCCCUCUUGCUUGGAAAUUAUGAGAGAAGCCGCGUCAGUUUUUGGUGAGAUGCAUAAGAAAGCAAAGAAGAGCUUGAAGGAUAUCGCUCUUCAAUUGAUGCAUAAGAGGCUCUGGGUUCUUGAGAGGAAGGAUGAAGAAAAAUUCAAACGGAUAAUCCGCGGGCUUCCUUAUGCUUGCAACUGGAAGCACUUGGCGAAGAGCAACAGCUAUCUGUAUGAGGUGUACUACAGCGAAGAUGAGCAUGGAAAUAGGAAGUCUUUCUAUGCCGAGGACAUCAAGGGCCUACUCCGGUUCAUCAGGAACGCGCUGGAGCAUGUCCAUGAGAAGAGCUGUGAAAAGGGCCAUCAAAUGUUCCAAGAGUGGGAGGUAGCAAGUAUAGUAUUCAGCACCUUUCCUCUCCUUAUUGGAUACUUGCAGGAGAGAAUGGAGCGGCAGGGUCAGCUUGAUAUUGCAAUCGUGGAGCCCAUCAUGGGCUGA